UUCAAAACAACUGCCGAAAUAAAACACCUUCGUUUUCCUAGGGACAGAAAAACACAUUUAAAUACUCAUAAAAUAAAAAUAUGAUAAUACUUUUCCGUUUAUCAACUAAGAAAUUAUUAAGCAUGGUGUUCGCUCUUCAUCAGUGAUAAAUCAUGAUUGUAUUAGUUGGUCGAAUCGGAAAGAUGGAUUGGAUAGCAAUUUUUUGCUGCUUGCUUGUAUGCAACUUGAAAUCAGUAGUUUGUUCGACAGGCGAUGAGUUUAAGGUAGAUGGGAAAGUGUUGGAGUUAGACGAAUCCAACUUUGACUCUGCUAUUUCCUCAUUCGAUUACAUCCUCGUCGACUUCUACGCCCCCUGGUGCGGCCACUGCAAACGCCUUUCCGCCCAGUUAGAUGAGGCUGCCCCAAUUCUUGCUGGAUUAAGGAAGCCCAUAGUGAUAGCUAAACUAAAUGCUGACAAGUUCACCAGUCUUGCUCGUAAACACGAAAUCGAUGGAUAUCCUACACUCAAGCUCUUCAUGCUUGGUGUUCCUGUAGACUAUUACGGGCCAAGGAAAGCAGAUUUACUUGUUCGAUAUUUGAAGAAAUUCGUUGCUCCUGAUGUCUCUAUUCUUAGUUCAGACUCUUCCAUUAGUGAUUUUGUUGAAGCAGCUGGUACUUACUUUCCUAUAUACAUAGGUUUCGGCUUGAAUGAGAUGGUGAUAUCUAAUUUAGCCAUUAAGUAUAAAAAGAAGGCCUGGUUUUCCAUAGCAAAGGAUUUCUCCGAGGAUGCUAUGGUAUUGUAUGACUUUGACAAAGUUCCUGCUUUGGUGGUUCUUCAUCCAAGUUAUAACCAGCAGAGCAUUUUUUACGGUCCCUUUGAAGAUGAAUUUUUGGGUGAUUUUAUUAAGCAAAAUUUGCUCCCUCUGGCAGUGCCCAUGAACCAUGAAACAUUGAAGCUACUGAAGGAUGAUGAGAGAAAAAUUGUCCUGACAAUUAUGCAGGAUGAAAAUGAAGAAAAAUCACUGAAAUUGAUCAAGUUAUUGAAGGCUGCUGCAUCUGCAAAUCAUGACUUGGUGUUUGGCUAUGUUGGAGUUAAACAGUGGGAAGAGUUUGCUGAUGCAUUUGGUGCCAAUAAGAAGUCCAAUUUGCCAAAAUUGAUUGUCUGGAAUGGUGAUGAGGAGUACUUUUCGGUUAUUGGUUGUGAAAGCCUUGAUGAUGAAGAUCAAGGGUCUCAAAUGUCACGAUUCCUAGAUGGAUAUAGAGAAGGAAGAACCGAAAAGAAAAGAAUUAAAGGGCCAUCAUUUAUGGACUUUAUCAAUUCAAUAAUUGGCAUCAGAGCUGUGUAUAUAAUUGUGUUUUUGGUUGCAAUGCUGAUGCUUAUACGAAGCCUGAGCAAAGAUGAUGAAGACCACAGGGGUGGCAGUGGCGAAGAGGUUGAUGAUCAUGCUGAAACUGAAAGUAGCGAGUAUGGAGCUGGGAAGAAAGAAGAUUAAAUUGAGACAUAUGGUUUGGGGGCAAUUACCAG